CAAUGCAAGCUCUUACCGGUAAUUAGCAGGUGACAAUCUCUUUGGUAGUAACAAUCAGUACUUUCGUACAUUCUUCAUCCUGACUUGGACUCCAACCCCGCGUCACCCGUCAAUCACAUAUUACUACAGUACAACACUCCAUACGGUAGACAGCAAGCGAAUGCAUAAGCUACCUCCCCUAUUGUCCAUCCGACUACAUUCUUUGGGUUGUUUAUAAUCGCGCCCGCGCCUACCUAUUACGAAUUAUGUCUCCCAAGGACGAACGCAAUGGCUCCAAGCCGGCAUCGUCACCGUCAAGCUCAGACCCUCAGCCUUCUGCCGAGUCGGAACUAGCCAAGGCCCUCCAAGAACUCUCCAGGGGUGAGCAGGCGGCUUCGUCCAUCGAGGAGGAUCUGUCAAAGCUCGAGGCAAAGCUGGACGCUAUUCUGGCCGCUUUGGAGCCACAAUUGGCCGCGCCAUCAGAAGAAGCUGAUAAGGACAACUCGCGUGAGGAGCCACAGGCCAAACGAGAAGACUAGGAUGGCGCAGGGUUCCAAAGAACAAGAAAAGAAAGAAAAAAAAGAAAAAUUUACCCGAGGCUUGUGCGGAACCAAGGAUAAGGAUGGUAAAAAUCUUUAUUUUGUUCAUACAUUCAUACAAGUGCAAAGAAAGGCGUUGGUAUUUAAAGAUUAUUAUACGUAUGUUCAAAGGUUGGUCACACAUAUAUAAUAUGCCAAACUCCCUUGAUAAUCAAGUUGGAAGUUGGAACGCACCGAAAAUGUAUUGCCCACUCCCAAGUUGGAGGGCAAUGACAAUCGCAUAAUAAUGUUUUCCUUUUUUUUUUUUUUUUUUUUUU